UCAUUCAAUCAACUGGAUCUGACUCAAGAACAGGUCAGUCUAUGAUUCAAUAAACUAACCUCACACUAGACUAUAGCUUUACCAUGCAUCUUUCAAAACUUUUUGUCGAUUGAAUGAUCAGAUGGUGUCAACCCAUGACUUGAGUCAUGCAAAGCUUCAAGACGUCAUUCCUAUCAUUUCAGAGUAUACAGACAUGGUUCAUGACUGUAAAGAAACACAACAUCUUCAAUCGAUUUGGGAAUUAUGUGAUAUUCUUUAUUUUCCUUCGCAUCGUAUGCAUCUCGCUACUGAACUGAAUCAUUGGAUCAAUGAGUACUAUCCAAUUCAACAAGAACCCAGUUGGGAUAGUGCGAUACAACACUUGUUGCGUGGUAAUAUGGACCAAGCCGUCUUGUUACUAGAAACACUCUCCAAGGAUAGUCAUCACCUUGUGGAUCUCAUUCAACAAUACACGUCACUACCUAUGGACAAUGAGACAGUCUAUAUGGAACAAUGGAAAGCAUGGCAUGAUGACUGUAUUUCUCGUUUUGAGAGCUAUGUCGCUGUAUCUGCUGAAGAUGCUCUACCUUACAUUAAAGAUGCAUUUCAUGUCUUGAUAGGCCAGCCUGUGACAAUGGGCAACAUGAUAGAGCGUCUGUUGGCUACUUUACUUUAUGCUCGACCACAGAUGUCUGUUGCUAGUCUAAACCAAGUAGCUCAGACAAUGAACAUCCAUUCAGAUGACAAACCAUUCAAAAUGGCUUGUUUAUUGUUGCAGGGAUUAUUUGAUGAUGCUUUUGAUGUAUAUGGUCAUGAUAUUUGGCUUCAGACUCAUUUAGGUCAAGCCUUGAUUGCUGUGGGUGUGUAUCCUCUGCAUGCAUUGGUAUCCAAACAAACAGAACAAGUCUUGGAUCCUGUAUUUUAUGGUAUUCAACAAUACGCCACAAUGAUUGCAGAGAAAUACGAUAUGUGGAAAGAAGCUGUAGUCUAUCUUACACUCUGUCAAGCCAACAAAGAAAUCUGGAUUCAACAACUUUUAUCUCCUGUAGAUCAUCAAGACAUGGACACAUUGGCGUCCAUUUUAGAUCUUGCGGUACAAUACAAACUACCAACUGUUCAGAAAUAUCUGCAUCAAGCAUUAGGCCAACGCCAUGAACAAGCAAACAAGAUACAAUUGGCUACUAUAGAAUAUGGAAAAGCACAAGAUUGGACAUCUUUGGAUCGAUUGGCCCAUGCAGCCUUCCAGCAGUAUUUGAAGACAGGACAACUGGAUCAAGUGGUGAUGGACAUGACAGACUUACAUUCAAGUCCAUGUUAUUCACUCUUGAUUCAAUAUCAACAAUUCAAGCAGUGCAUUCAAGAUAAAGCAUUUAAGCAAGCAGCCAGUCUGUUCUGGUCUUUAAUACAUCAUGACCAUUUACCAUCUCAGUUUGAAUCUGUCUUGUUGAUUGACAAUUUGGUCAUUUUAAAAGAAUCAGCACAUUAUUAUGUUGCUUCUCAAUUGAUGGAAUGCAUUGAUCUGUUUAAAUCGCUUGAUACACACUUAUUUCAUACGUAUUACAACAUGAUACAACACACUCAAUUAUCCACAGAGAUUAUCACAGCUAAAAUAAGAGAAAGACUUGUGUUUAAAGCUGCUACUGCACCUUUAGAAUAAUAAUAAAGAAUGGUUGUCUAUUAUACAGAAAAUGAAGCCAUAAAUGUAGUGGAUUCGACUGUUGCAUGUUCAGUCUUUUGAGUUGUCUUGAUACCCAAGAUUUCGUUGAU